CCAGCAUGGUGGCACGGAAGGGCGGCCCGGACACCUGGGUCCUGGCCGGGAGCCGAAGUGCCCCAGCGUCUGGCCGUGCGGAGGCGCGCCGCCGGCGCCCGAGCAGAGUGGCCGUGCUGGGCCGAGCGUGUUUUUGUGGCGCCGCCCCCCCUUUGCGCCUCGGGUGAUCACCUCUUGCAACCUCGGCCCUGUCGGCGCGUGGCCGAUGGACUUCGCCACCAGCGACCACUACGAGGUCCUCGGCGUGAGCCGCACGGCCAGCGAGGUCGAGAUCGCCAGCGCCUACAAGGCUCUGGCGCGCAUCCACCAUCCCGACAAGAACCUCGCGAACAGGGACCAGGCAGAGGUGAGCUUCAAGCGGCUGGCCGAGGCCUACGCCGUCCUGCGCGACCCGGAGAGUCCCGGCGUGCGUUCGACGAGAGCGGCGCCCGGCAAGCGAACAUGAGCUAUGAGGAGGCCGAGCGCAUGUGGCGGAGCUGGGGGAUGGCCGGCGCCGACGACGAAGGCCAGCAGCGGCGGGAGGACCGGGAGACCCGCCGGAAGGGCAUCGCGUUGCUGCUCCUGGCGCUGGCCGUGUGCGCGGUGCCCCAGCAGCUGAAGUUGCAGGCGCUCGAGCUCUGCCUGUGGCUGUUGCCUGGCUUCGCCGUCUCGGCGGUGGGCGUCGCGCUGAUGUCGUCCCGCGAGGAGCAGCCCAAGUGGCUCUGGUGCGCCCUGCUGCUCCUGAUGGCGUCCUACGGCGCGCGGCGCAUCCUCGGCGUGUCGCCUGCGCGCACGGAGGUCCCGAAUGCACCCACCGUGGUGGGCACCCCGCACAGUGGGGAGCUGGUGCUGACGGAGGACCCGGACGGGCGGCUCGCCCUGGUCUCGGACCCGGCCGCGCCCUCGGGCGAUGCCGCCGCGGGCUGGCAGCAGCGCCUCGUGGGCGAGAUGACGGACACGAUCAAGCGCGGCCAGGAGCAGGUGGUCACGGUCUUCUCCCGCGAGGGCUGCCCCUGGUGCGACAGGCAGCUGCCCGUGCUGGAGCGGGCCAUUCAGGGCCGCGCUGGGCUCGGCGGCGGCGCCGCGGCCGCGGCGCUGGCGCCCGCCUUCGCGCUGCCCACGCUGCUCGGUCGUGCGGCCGUCGGCCUGCCAGGAGGCGGGGCAGCGCCCAUGGGCCGCGGCGCCGGCAUCCUCUUCGCGCCGCUGCGGGUCUUCGUGUUCGACGCGGGCGAGUUCCCGUCGAUGGCGCAGUCGUUCAACGUGAAGGCGUUCCCGACGACCAUGGCGUGGGGGUCCCCAGGCGUCGCGCCCAUGGUCGCGCAGGGGUAUCUCGACGACGAGAAGUUCGACCAGCUGCUGCGCGCGGUGGCGCAGGCGACGCCCGAGGGCCCCGCCCCCGAGCAGAAGAAGAAGAGGGGCCUGUUCCGGUGAGACCGCGAGGGGCUGCCGCCCCUAGCCGUCGCCGUCGCCCUGUCGAUGUGCUUCUCCUCAUCCUCGUCCUCCUCGUGCCUUCUCCCCCUGAAACAUUAUAAUCCCUCCCUCCUCCUUCUGCUCCCUCCGCCCCCCCCUCACUUCAGCGAGACCGCGUGGGCCAGCGCGCGCGGCGGGCUUGCGACGCCGCGGCGAGGUCGUGGCCGGCUGGCGUCGAAGUUUUUGUGUUUCAGGCGUGGCGUGGCGGGCGCGCCGUUCCGCCCCCAGGGCGCUCCGCGCCGGGCGCCCUGUCUGGUCCUCGGCGAGGAGGCGGCUGGGCCUGCGCGCCUUCCUUUGGCCUCGCUCCUCAGGGAGAAGGGUGGGGGGA